UACAUUUUCUCAAUUCACCCACCGUUGGUAAAGCUAUUUUUAGACUCUCCCCUAAAGGACACUGAUGAAGUGUCUUGAACUCACAGAGAGGUGUGGGUGAAUUUGGAGAUUUCAGAAUUGUUGCAUUUCUUCUUCAUGUUUGAUGAUGGUCUGAUCUCUAUUUCUGUAUCUCUAUCUGUGGCCCAAGUGAGAUUAAUCGUCUGGACCUGGGUCUGGUUGUGGAGGUGUGGAAUAAAGGGCUUAUCUGGGACACCUUGAUAGGAACAGCAUGGAUCCCACUUAACACCAUACGCCAAUCAGAUGAGGAGGGGCCUGGAGAAUGGACCUCACUGGAUUCUGAGGUUCUGAUGAAGGAAGAUGAGAUAUAUGGCACUAAAAACCCCACUCCUCACCAAGUGCUGCUGGACACACGCUUUGAGCUCCCUUUCGAUAUCCCAGACGAUGAGGCGCAGUACUGGACUAAAAAGCUGGAGCGCAUCAACUCUAUGAGGAUACAUGAUGAGUAUUCACUGCAAGAUGAAGCACAGAGAAGACAGCUGCUCUCAGUGCCCUCGCAGUGCUCUUUUGAUGACCACGACAGCGCUGGGGAUGACCGGGACAGUGAUUACCGCAGUGAGACAAACAGCAGGCCUCCACGAUACCACACCACAGCUCAACCCAAUUCCUCGGUACAUCAGUACCCUAUUGGCCGAAGAUUACAGAAUCGGGCAUUAUCAAAAGAGUCUAGGACAGACUCUAUCCAGAGCUAUGACUUGGAUUAUAGAGAAGGAAGGGAACAGAGAUUUUCAAGUGGUAAAUGAUUCCAGUGGACUCAGGUAUGGGAGUUGAAGACUGGGAGAUCAAAUACAAAAUUAAUGACAACAUACUGGAUGAUUACCUGGAACCAGAGCAGAAAACGUGGGGUGAUGAUGAUGACACCAAGAGUGAAAUUUAUAGAAUCAACUCCAAAGACAGUCGGUUUUACCAGACAGUACAGUGUGAUGCAAUGUCCCCAGAGGAGGCUGAGGAGUAUGAUGCAUCAGGAAAUCCCAUCAGGAGAGCAGCCAUAGGCAGCAGUGAGGUCCGUUUGGUCUAUAAGGAAGCUAGAAACUUCGAGGAUGAAAUUUCCCCUCCUGAAAACAUCAUUCCUUCAAUUUUGCAACUUCACAAGGCAAACCAAGCAUCAUAUACAGAGGGGCUGUUGUACAAAACCAGGAUGUGGGCCAAGAACUCAUUUGAAGACACCCUUGAGAACUACACAAUUUAUUGUGAGGAAGAGGAAGCCAGGAUGAGAGCAAGAAAUGAAUAUGGGUCUGCAGGAUCUGAUGAAAUGCAGUUCUCUCUUGGGUCUGAAGAAGAGCUAGAUGAUAUGUUGUUUGUAGAAGAGAAUGCACAGUAUGAAUAUGACAGUUACUACAGUAAUGCAAGAUAUAUUUCCUCUUAUGAUGCAUGGUCACAAGGCUUUAAUGAACAACAGAGCAGCAUGGGAAAUGAUUGCACAAGGGGCCCAGAUGAAAUAUUGCCACCUGUGCAGAAGCCAAAUAAGGAGUAUCAUGAUACUAUGGAUGAACUUCAGAACUUAGUUGACUCUGUGUCAGAAUAUCUGGCUGGACUGAAGCCAGAUGCAAGGUCCACAACGUCAAGGUCAGACUGUGUCACAAGGAGUAACACAACACCAGUCAAGCAAUCAGCCAGCAAAUAUAUCUGUUCAAAGUGCCAACAAUCAGCAAAAUGAGUCUAGUGGCAUCAUAUCUGGAUUUUUGAGCAAACUUACUACAACAGCUGAAGAACCAAUAGCAACGAGUGAAGCUUCCCCUAAUCAGAAACCAAAACAGCAGAAACAA